AUCCCUCCCACCCCACAGCCUAUCCGUACAGUGAAAAGGGAAACAAACAGAAGCGAAGUUCACAGCCUGGUGCAUACUCCUUUCGACAGGAGCGCAGUGGCAAAGUGUCCCCAGUCUGUUCCAAAGCAAACCCUCCUGCCCUGCCCUUUCCCAUGCACAGCGGCCGAGAACCUUAAGAGAAAAGCUGCUUUUGGACUGAUUAUCGCUUGCUCUUAACUAAAGCAUGGAAAUAUCUACUCUCACGGUGUACCAUUGCCUUGUUUUUGUCUGGUAUUUUUUUGUCGUCUAUGCAAUCGCGCAUGUGAGAACAGAAGAGCGGCCAUCUGAAGUGUUCCUUUAUGGUGGGCAGUGGAAAUAUUUGACAGUCCUCAAUCUGGUUUUGCAGGCUGUCUUCCAUGGGGUGUCCUUCCUGGCUGAUGUGUUGAGACUAAUUAAGAAACUGCGAUGUGCUAAGUGCGUAAUUUCCAGCAGAGACCUUCUUUUCAGUGUCCUGGCUUUCCCAGUGUCCACAUUUGUGUCUAUAUCCUUUUGGAUACUGUAUACCUACAAUCGAGAGCUGGUUUACCCCAAAAGCCUUGAUGGAGUCAUCCCGCUCUGGUUAAAUCAUGCUAUGCACACAGCUGUAUUGCCAAUUGCUGUUCUGGAAAUCCUUGUCACACCACAUCGUUACCCAGCAAAGAAGAAGGGAUUGAUCCUAUUGGGAUGUGUCUUUUUACUGUAUAUCAGCUGGGUCCUGUGGAUUUAUUAUGUAACGGGAGAGUGGGUAUAUCCUCUCUUUGCACUGUUCAACCCGGCCGGGCUAGUAGCCUUUUUCGCUGGUAGCCUUGGUGUCAUCGUCACUUUCUACAACUUCGGGGAGUUCCUCAACCGUAUGAUAUGGGGAGACGCAAUAGUAAUACUGGACUACAGGCAGAAAGGCAAGUGAAUCCUCCUCUUCAAGCCAAACAAUCUCUCCAUGAAUGCUGAAGACAUGAAGUAGAGGAAAAUAAAUGCAGCCUUGAUAAAUCCUUUCUCCAACGCAUUGCAGCUUCUGGUGAAGCCAUCAUGUCAUCAGACAUAUGGAAAACUGGUGGAAAAUAUGAAAUGUUUGCCUCUUACAUGAUAACUCUGCAACUGCUAUGAGGAAGAAAAUUGUGUUCAUCUGUUUACAGAGAUUUCUCAUCUCUUGCACAAUGUACGUGAGGAUGUGUCCAUGGUUAAAACUCGUCACUGGUAAAUGAACUCCCUCAUGAGCUUGGCACCACUCUGUAGAAGACCUGUGAAUGUGAGCCAGCUCUUGUUUGGAUUGCUCUUCAUCAAGUCUGGAAAAAAUUAAGAGGAGGGAUAAUUUUAACAGUGCUGUAACUUCCAAGCUAGAUAGAUAACAAAUUAGGCUAACAAGGGCUGUAAUUAGGAAAGUCUGCUCAGAAGGUUCACCAUGAAGCCAAGUUCUUCUAACGAGAAACAUUUUGGAAUAUUAAUAUGCAUAAUAUCUCCCCUCCAUUUUAACAGGAAAUCUGAAUGCAACACUUUCUUCCUUUUUCUUGAUUUCAGUUAAUCUUGUAGCAAAAGUAACCUAAUUAUACUGACUGUAUGAUUGCUUUGACAGAAAGCAUGUUAAUUUAAAGCACUAUUUAACAUAAAGCUGCCUGACAUAUAAUUACACUCCAUUCACAUGUUUACUAAUCUUGCUCAAUAUCGUUGAUUUCUGUUAUUAGCCUCAACAUCUUGUUAAUGUCUAAAACACUGAAGAUCUGCUUUGCAAACUCCAAUAAACAGGCAAAACCGACA